AUGGACCUGCGUAAACAACUGGAGAAUACUGAGAGGAACUGGAAUAAAGAGAAGAUGGAAUUGCUGGAGAGAUUUGACAAUGAAAGGAAAGAAUGGGAAUGUCAAUGGAAGAUCAUGCAGAAGAAAAUAGAAGAGCUCUACCAGGAGGUAAGACUUAGAAGGGAGAGCAAUAUGAAUGUCCGUGAUAACAAUGCCAUUCAGAGCAAGAUGCUGCAGCUGUCUAUGUAUUCCCCUACUUUGCAAGAGAGUGACACAGUGGAGCUGAACUUUCAACACAAUAUGGAAAAUGACAGAAUGGAAAAAGGGAGUUUGCUCGGUAAAACAGGACACGAAUGUAAAGAAACCAGAGCCAAGAGCAGAAACAAUACUCUGUUAAUGGACAAUCUGGCCUUUGAGAACCAUGAGGAACUUGAAGACAGCCACAGCACCACACCUUCCAAGAAAAAUACCAAGAAUUAUAUUGGUGAUCUCAAUGUAGCUCUUAAAGAACUUGCCAGAGUCAGUGAAGAAUUAUGCAGCUAUCAAGAAGAAAUUCGAAAGAGGUCCAACCACAGAAGAAUGAAGUCACUUCCUUUCCUGGGGGAAUUUGAGGAAACCCAAAACACGGUUAUUCUGCCUGAGAUGAACCAUGUGUCCAGCGAUGAAUCACAGACUUCAGUUGCUUUUGAAACAGAGGAACACAACAAUAGGAAGAAUCUGAUGAGCUCCACCAAGGCUUUGAAGGACAUGUCUUAUGGUGGUCUUACUGGUGACAUAGGAACAGACUUCAGACCUUGGCAAAGGAAAGAAGCUCCACCAGUUCCUCCACGGAGCACUUCUCGGCACCUAACAAACUCUCUUUCUACAGUUGUACAGCUUUCUGAAGCACCAAUAAGAGACUCAGGCAUCAAAAGCAAUUGCAAGGUUCAGGACUGUUGGAGUGGAGGGAAACUGAGGAAUUCUUCACCUGUAAACAAGAAUGAAUCUGCAGCAGCCUGUGCAAAUGAAGGGCAGGCUGUGAAAGUUCCUGUGAUGGUAACUGCUGCAGUACCUGUAACCAAAAAUGAGUGCAAAGUUCCAACAAGUUUCUGCCACAACACAUGGGCAUAUGAUGUGGUCAAACUUGGGAAAGACAACAGAAGCGAGCCUUUCCAACUGUCAGCCCAAAAAAGUUGUUCAGAUGGAAAUAUGGCCCAAAGGAACAAGAUGCACCAGAAACAAAACCCCAAGUCUCACAGCAGCCCUUUUUACAGUAAUGACUUUUGUACCCCUGCUACCCUGCACAACGACCUUUUGGAAGACACCAGAUAUACUUUGGGAAAGACCCAAAGAAAUGAAAUGUUAGCAGCAAAGAUCGAUGAGUUUAAUCGGACUGUAUUUCACACAGAUAAACAUAACAAUGCUCUGCAACAAAACCAGGUGCCUCAAACAGCAUCAGAAGAUCACAAACCCUGUGGGCCACUGUGUGACUCUGCUACUAGCAGGACAGACACUGUAAAUACAUCUUGUAUUUCAAAUCCCAAACUCUCUGUAGCCAAGGAGCAAGAAGCUAGCAACCCCAGCAAAGCUGUCAGGACAGCAGGGCAACAAAAACAAAUGAAUGGACUUCCAAAUACUAGUGGUUAUAGGCACAUGCUCCAGGAGCAUGACUGGAGACCAAGUAAUUUAUCCGGUCGCCCGCGUUCAGCUGACUCAAGGUCGAACUAUGGUGUUGUUGAAAAGCUUUUGAAAACCUAUGAAAAAUCAACAGUGACUUCUCCGUGUAAUGCAAAAUGCUGCAAAGAUAAGUGGACGCAGGCAAAUUCUGAAUUCACUGAUGGGGGUUGCGAGAAACUGAGUCAGUAUUUAGAAAUGCUCCAGAUUGAGCAAGAAAAGCAAGAAUUUCCGAGGAAUUCAGCCAAGCAUAUUGGGCAGCAACUCAAGCAAGGAAAAGAGAGACAGAAGUUACCAGAGAUCUGUGUGCCAGCUAAAUGUUCAAGUGAGAAGGGUUUUUCCCGUCCUGCUCGGCCAGCAAAUCGACGCUUACCUUCCAGAUGGGCAUCUAGAUCCCCCUCAGCACCACCUGCUGUGAGAAGAACGGUGUACAACUGCUCUGUCUCCUUUCGGUCAGAGACCUCAGUAGUCUGA